UUAAGAAGGCUCGGCUAGUUUGUGUCCGCCCCACUGCAACCGCUGAGCUCAAUGGUCGUAACGACUCGACUCCGUUUGAUUUGGCGUCAUUUUACCCACAGUAGAAUGGGAGAUAUAUCUUCCAAAACACAGAUGCCGACUCCAGAGAACGCUCUACCCGGGAGAAGUGAAAGUUUAAAAGUAUCAGCCAAGCACGACGUCAACGGCAACAGGGCUGUUCCACCAUUCCCCGAGGGACUUCAGAUGUCUAUGUUUGGGAUGGGCUGUUUCUGGGGAGCAGAGAGGAAGUUCUGGAAGCAGAAGGGGGUCUACUCCACCCAAGUGGGCUAUGCUGGAGGCCUCACCCCCAACCCCACCUACGAAGAGACCUGCACAGGUAGAACAGGUCAUACUGAGGUUGUCCGGGUGGUCUGGGAGCCAGAGAAGACAAGUUUCUACAAACUGCUCAAGGUGUUUUGGGAGAGCCACAACCCAACUCAAGGAAUGCGCCAGGGCAACGAUGUUGGAACGACCUAUCGAUCAGCCAUUUACACAUACACACAGGAGCAGCUUGAACAGGCUCUGGCCUCCAAAGAUGACUAUCAGAAGGUCCUGAUAGAGGGGGGCUUUGGAGAAAUCACCACAGAGAUAGCCGAGGCCCAUGAGUUCUACUAUGCUGAGGACUACCACCAGCAGUACCUCAGCAAGAACCCCCGUGGAUACUGUGGCCUCAGCGGCACUGGAGUCUCCUGUCCAAUAGGACUCAAGAAAUAACCACCUCUGUCCAAUAGGGAAUGACCACCAACCUAUCCGAUUGGCUAGUUUUGUUUGACAAGUCUAGUUUCUAUUAAUUGAAAUGGAAGUUGCCUUCAUUCCGAUGCAGUAAUGAAGCAUAUUCAGGGUUUAUAUACAAACAGUUCAUAUCUGAGUCUUAUUUCAAAUGCUUUGGUAAUCAAUCACUACAAACGUAAAUGAAAGCACACAUGUCUUGUUUCAAUCAAAUCAUCCCCAGUAUGUACCCCAGUAUGUACCAAUAUGUACCCCCAGUAUAUACCAGUAUGUACCUCUGUAUGUACCCCCAGUAUGUACCCGUAUGUACCCCAUUAUGUACCCGUAUGUACACCCGUAUGUACCCCAGCACGUACCAGUAUGUACUGGUAUGUACCAGUAUGUACAUCAGAUUGAACUCUAUGGGGUGUUGGUGGAUUAAAUUAUUAAAAUGUGUGUUGAUGUUUG